AUGGCACCAUACAACAAUUUCUUCCUCUCAGCCGACGGCCUCAACAUAUUCUAUCGAGAUUCAGCUGACUCCUCGUCAACCGAGAAACCCGUCAUUCUCCUCCUUCACGGCUUCCCAGCUUCAUCUCACCAAUUCCGCAACCUAAUUCCUCUCCUCAGUUCCAAAUGCCGAGUCAUCGCUCCCGAUAAGCACCCAAUUCCCCAUAUUUGACACCUUCUUGGGAUAGAUUCCAAAAUACUCUCAACCCUUAAAUACUAGUCUCUUAGACUACCAGACUAACUGGCCCCUCUUGAAGACCAAGACUAAUUGCCACUUUAUACAGAUCUUCCAGGUUACGGCUUCACAGAAGUUCCAGCGACUCGGAAUUACACCUACACAUUUGAAAGCAUUGCCCUAAGCAUUGAAGCCUUCCUCGACGCUCUCAAAAUCACAAAGUACAGUGUCUACGUCUUCGACUAUGGCAUGCCAACCGGUUUCAGUCUGGCUUUAAGAAGACCAGACUCUAUCCAAGCAAUCAUCACUCAAAAUGGAAAUGCCUACGAUGAAGGUUUCGGUGCCGAAUUCUGGGCUCCCAUCCGAGCUCUCUGGGCCACAGGAAGCGAGGCAGAUAAAACCGUGAUUCGAGAUGCUGCACUCACAUUCGAAGGAUACAAAACUCAGUAUCUUCUCGGAACACCUGAUCCCUCGAAGAUUGCUCCAGAAUCUUGGUUCUUGGACUAUGCGUUGACUGAUCGUCCAGGAAAUAAGGAUAUCCAGCUGCAGCUUCUUUAUGAUUAUAGGACGAACUUGCCGCUGUAUCCGAAGUUCCAAGAAUACUUCCGUGCUUCGAAUGUUCCUGUUCUGGCGGUUUGGGGAAAGCAUGAUAUCAUUUUUAUCCCGCCGGGUGCGGAAGCGUUCAAGAGCGAUGUGAAGAAUUUUGAGCUGCAUUUCCUUGAUGCAGGACAUUUUGCUGUUCUCAGUCACGCUGAAGAGAUUGCCGGCUACAUUUUGAAGUUCUUGGAAAAGAAUGGGAUUUAA